AUGGCUGAGUAUUGCUCUACGUUUCCCUUCCUGGCGCAGUCGGAGUUUGAGCGUGCAUGUCAGGAUCUCGCCGAUCAAUGCACUUCGGCCCAAAAUAUUACCUGGUCUGACAUUAGACUGCUCACAAAGCCAGGUGGAACAGGCCUCAGAAUAACAAAAUGUGUUGAUGUCCCCAGCCCGCUAGAAGCCCCAGCGCUGGCAGACCUUGAAGAAUCACAGGAAGAUGAAGAUCCGCCCCUAAGGGACGUGUCCACUUGUCCUGACUCUUCACUGCAGGAAGCUCUCGUUCGCGCCAAACCCGAGCCCAGAUUACAGAUUGACUAUGAUAUCUUGUUAUCUCCCACAUAUCAGGUCCCUGUCUUGUACUUCGGCCUUAGGUGGCACAACCACGGCCCACUCGGACUAGACGAAGUCUACCAGUAUGUCGUGCCGGAACGGUACAGACAAGAAUUGAAGAGUUUUGGUGUAAUGGGUGGGAUUAGUAUGGGUGUAGGUGCAUUCUCGGAACCUCGUGACAAGAGCUCAUGUCUUCUUUUUUACCAUCCUGACUCUGGCGCCCCGGCCUUUUUUGUCCACCCAUGCAACACCGCGGAAGCCAUGGCGAAUAUCGCAGACGCACAGAACGUCACUCCCGGGUCAUAUCUCCUCAUCUGGCUCGGCCUUGUAGGCCAUUGCGUGAACCUGCACGUCCCACGCGAGCUUUUCGCUUAGCACAGUACCAG